GGGUUGUGGAACGCAUAGUGGGUGCAUGUUUUAAAAAUAGAUCAGUAGAAGGAAUCAUGUUAAGCGUCCUCGACAAAUUUUAGUAGUGAACCAAAAUGGAUUGGGUGAUAUCGGAUGAACUGUCCCUUACCGUGGGACACGUCGUUGGUUGGGUAUGUGCCGGUGCUAUGAUCGUUGGGGGUGUCAUCCCUUAUGUACCCCAAUAUCGUCAAAUAAAACGAGAAAGAAACGCAGAAGGAUUUUCUUUGCUCGUUUGCCUGACCCUUCUGGUAGCGAAUACAUUAAGAAUUUUGUUUUGGUUUGGAAGACACUUUGAAUAUCCACUACUUAUACAGAGCAUCAUUAUGAACAUCACAAUGUUUGCUAUGAUACACUUGUGUGUUCACAUCCGUAACAUCAAUCAAUUAUCCCAAGCACACCAAAGGCUCUUCACAGCUACUCCAAAAGAGGUGGUCAGAUUGCUUCAGUCCAAACCCAAAACACGCUCUACACACAGUAUCUGUGAUUUAAAAAUGCGAGAUUUUUGGAAUUGGUCAGAUUUUCAAUCAUAUCUCGAUUGUAUGAUGGUGUUCUCAAUUGUAGCAUCAGUUCUCAUGUACAUUUUCAUGGGCUAUAUGAUAUUUGUGGAAACAGUUGGGUUCAUAGCUGUAUUUACUGAAGCAAUGCUUGGCCUUCCACAGUUGAUAAAAAAUUUUAAGAAUAAAUCCACUGAAGGAAUGAGUAUUACAAUGGUUUUCUUUUGGACCUGCGGAGAUAUCUUCAAAACGGUCUACUUCAAAGUACGCGAAGCUCCAAUACAAUUUUGGAUUUGUGGAAGUAUUCAAGUAGCGAUCGAUAUUUUUAUUCUUUUGCAAGUUUACUGUUAUCGAAGUAACACCGAGCCUGUUAAACGGGGUCCUCAUCGAGGAGAUUGAGUAGUUAUUAUUUGGACGCAUGAUUGUAGCGUGAAAGAGGGCAAAGUCGAUGAAGAACAAAACGACUCCAAACAAAUAGAACAUCAGCAAUCGGAAAAAGAACAACAACAAUGUAAUGGUAACGAUAAACAACCGAUUAUCGUUCCCGUUAACGGCGAAUCCUGCAAAUUCGCCGUUCGUAGUAAUAGUUAUGAUGUAAAAAAUACGACACCUUCGUCAUCGUCUUCGAGUAAUAGUGUGGUUUCGGAAAUUUCCGUUAAAAAUGGAAAUAAUAAUUCGAUUAAUAAAGAAGUGAUUAACGCUGACGUUCACGUUGGCGAUUAUAUAUGUCUUCGAGAUGGUUUGCAGGAUUCUUUAGAAGAUGUGAUUGUAGGCGGUAACGCAAAUGGUAAUUGUGAUCGUACGAUUGAGUCUGUUGAGCUCGACGUACCAAGAUUCAGUAAGUUUAAGCGGAGUUCUAAUAAAAUUAAUGUACUGAUCCAUAGGCACACAUUAUGACAAAUCGCUUUUUCGGCUCGGAUUUUUAAAAUUAUUUUGCGCGCGAGCUGCACAAAAUAUGUAUUAGUACAAUUCCGUAAUGAUUUUAUUUUCAUUUCUUAUACAUAAUAUUGAAAAAAAAUUAUAACUAGCAAUAAUAGAAAGUUCCUUUUACAUUCCUAAAAUUAUCGCAUAUCAUUAGAGCUCAACAUUCCAAAACAUGCAUUGAAUUUGUAUUAAAUCUACAAUAAGGGUGUUUUGUAAAAACACCUUGUAUUAAUUAUUUGAAAUUUUUGUUUUAAAUUAAAUUCAAUAUUUUGUAUAAGAAGAAAUGAAAAGUAAUUAAAAGUUUUUUCUGAUUAAACAAUGAUCCUAAGUAAUAAUCUUCCAAAUAAUAUUUGUACAUAUCUAUAUGUAUUUUAGACCGCAUUUAAUUUCAUGGUACAUUAGAUUAGUAAAUAAAACGUAAAUCAUUAAAUUUAUUAGGUAAGUGUUAAAAAAUGUGGUAUGUGGCCAUGUGCCUUACCAAAAAUUUUGUGAAAUAUAAAAAAAUCGUAAAUAAUUAUUAAUGUAAUUAACUGUUUAGAAAAGAAAUGAAAUUGCA